AUGAGCGAGAGAGAGCAUCUAUUGGCCUGGACCGGCGCGACCUUUGACCAGUUCUCCUGCCUCCAGACUCCACAAAAAAGCCAUUUCCUUCCAGCGGAGACUUCAACCGGAGCAGGUAGACGUCGCUAUCCUCCACCGGUACCACCCGGUCUCCAACACCUUAACGUUGCACCACGUCGGCACAGACCGAUGGAGAUUACGCAUCAAUUAGGCGUGGAUGUGCAUGUGUGUCUUGUGUGUGCUGGUGUCUGGAUAGGUAUGGAGGAAAGUGGACGAAUGGGAGGAUGGAUGAACGAGCAGUGCUUCUCAGCUGGUUGGUGGGUCGUUGAAUGGUCAUGGGUGAAAUGGUACAGCGGCUGUAAAGGCUCGUCGUCUUCUUUCCCCAUCCCCUCGACGGCCUCUUCGCCUCCUCUCAACUGUCCGAUUGCAGACGGCAUUGUGAGUCACCCAAACUGGGUGUGCCAAUCUCCCAACUCUGUUUGGUCUUGCGCCAUCGCAACUCGAAUGGGAAUCCAACUCCUCCCUACGCCGCACGUCUACCUCCAUCCACCCAUCCACACACACACACACAAACACGCAGAUACACACACAUACACAUGCGCCCAGAUCAAAAGACACGCGAGCCGACAUGAACAUUUCAGCAUUCGGCGUUUUGUCCAGUUGAACGGCCAAACGUCCAUUUGGCCGCAGUUGCCAUGCCGCGGAAUCUCAGCGAAAUGUACCUCCCCGUGUCAGGGUUGCGCAAGCCUGAAAGCAGAUCGGCUUGCCGCGGAGAUUGGACAGAAGCCAAGGCGAAGAGGAGUGACUGAAGGAGUAUGCACGAAACGGGCCUUGCUGUCUUUUGUGCGACAUGUCUUCAUCCCAUUUCUUUCUUGCCUUUUAACCGUCAGUCAACUUUUACGCUUUUUUGCCAAACGCUCGUCUGUAUGUGUGUCUUUACAUGUGUAUGUGUGUAUGUGGGCGAAAGCACGUAUACUGGGGAGGGGAGAUGAGAUGACGAAAGGUCUGCGCUUCACACCUGCGCGGUAUUGA